CCCACCUCUACUGUUCCCGCUGAUUCGGUUCCUUUUAUCAGCGCUACCUUUGGUUCUUCAUUUCUUCAAGCUUUAGCAAUGGCGUCAAAGCUUCUGAGAAACACCGGUAACCGAAUUUUCAGUCUCGUUCGAACAAACCCUAACCCUAAUUUUCCACUUAAGCAAUUGAAUCUCACAACUUGUCAAGCCCCACUUUCGAGACCUUACUCGGACGUUGCCCAACCAGUUCCAAUCGAACCCUCGUUACCCGAAAAGCCCCCAGUCGGUGGUGGGACCACAAACGGUAAGAAGACUUUCGGUAAGGGCACAACGUCGUCGUCUUCUCUGAAAGCAGCUGAGCUUGUUAAAUUCGCCGCCAUUGCUGAAACAUGGUGGGAUGCCGAAGGACCAUUUAAGCCAUUGCACGUGAUGAAUCCAACGAGAUUAAGUUUCAUCCGGUCCACUCUUUGCCGGCAUUUCAGAAAAGAUCCACUUUGUCCCAAGCCUUUGGAAGGUCUGAAAGUUGUGGAUGUUGGUUGUGGAGGGGGAAUCCUAUCAGAGCCUUUGGCUCGAAUGGGAGCUACUGUGACGGGGAUUGAUGCUGUCGAGAAGAAUAUUACAAUUGCCCGCCUUCAUGCGGAUUCGGAUCCACUAACUUCAACGAUCGAAUAUCGGUGCACAACAGCUGAAAAACUUGUGGAGGAGCGCAGAGAGUUUGAUGCUGUUAUUGCUUUAGAGGUAAUUGAGCACGUUGCUGAUCCUGCUGAAUUCUGCAAAUCCCUGGCAGCGUUAGCUGUUUCUGAUGGAGCCACUGUGAUAUCCACAAUCAAUCGUUCAAUGAGAUCCUAUGCAACAGCCAUCAUUGCAGCAGAGUACAUCCUUCAAUGGCUCCCAAAAGGUACGCAUCAGUGGUCGAGUUUCCUUACUCCUGAAGAACUAACCCUGAUCCUACAGCGUGCUUCUAUAAGUGUUCAAGAGAUGGCUGGGUUUGUAUACAACCCCUUGACGGGACGAUGGUCUCUAUCUGAUGACAUCAGUGUAAAUUUCAUCGCAUUUGGUACCAAAAACCACCGAUAAGGUCCUGGAAAGUUUGUGUUGAGUGAAAUUUUGUUUCUAAUUAAAUUAUUCUUUGGGGGGUUUUAUCGGAAGCUUAUUAUCGGGUUUUAUCCAGUUCUAUUUUGUCAGAGCUGAUUCUUGUUUUCUAUCUCGUCAACAAAGGUGCAAAAACAGAAAUUCACCUUUUCCAUAUGACAGGGAUGAUAUUUGCUUUCAGGCUAAUAAGAAAAUGCCGACAACUAGAAAGUGUUAAUAGUUUAAAUAAUUACUAAAUGAAGAGAACCGAUGCCCUAAUGCUGAAGGUUUUGUGU